UGUAUUUAAAUCGGAUAUGCAUUGGUUAUUUCAACUUAUAGGACGUCACCGAAAGGAAAACUACAAAUCCCAAGACCGUCCUUGGUGAAAGCGAGGCUGUGUAAACACUAUUCCAGGAACAUGAAAAGAUCGGAUGACAGUGAGAGGGAGAAGAGAAGAAAGAGGCGUAGGCUCCUUCAGGAGCUGGGGGACCAGAGGAUCCCCUUCCUCUCCCCCUCCGACCCUGGCUUCCAGCAGCUGUGGGAGUCCAGCUACUCCGGGCUGGCGUUGCGUCCUUCGGUCGCGCUGCCCAACGGCCUCCAUGAGCGUGUGCAGCAGGCCCUGUGCACGCUCCGUGGGCGCGGCUGCCUCCUGAGAGACCUGGUGCGCGUGCGCGACCGUGACGUCUUCACCAUUGUCUCCCGUGCCCUGCUCGGCCAGCCGGGGCACACCUACCGCUACCUGGACACGCGCCUCUUCGCCAUCCCCUGGCACUCCGACGACCAGGCCGAGACCGACGACAACGGCAACAAGACAAAGAAGAAGGCGACGACGGAGACCUGCUGCGAUCCCGACCUGCGUGCCGCCUUCCGGGCAUUGUGGGAACUCAACCGCUUCUUCUGCCAGGACGUUCAGAAGGAGCAGGAGGCCAGGGGCCACAGACAAGACUGCAGAAAGAGCCAAGGCAACGAGACGCGGGACCAAGACAAAGAAACAGCCGACCAAGGAGAAGGGAGCAGCGAGGGCAUGUGUGGAAAGAGCGAAGGCGAGAAGGAGGAGAGCGAUGGAGAGGAGGAGGAGGAGGAUGAUGAUGAGGAGGAAGAGGAGGAGGAGGAGGAGGAGAUGAAGACGAAGGAGGAUGAGGUGAUGAAGGAAGAAGGGGACCUGGACACCGGUCAGGGCUGCUCUCACACUAUCACGGCCGCUGCUUCUCCUCCAUGCUCCCCCCGCAAAGUGGGCCCCGUGCCCUUCAACAUCACCCUGCUUAACUACAUGGACCCGUUCGCCAUGAGUCAGCUGAAGCAGGAGCCCUACUACGGCAUGGGCAAGAUGGCCGUGGGCUGGCACCACGAUGAGAACCUGGUGCCGCUCUCGCCUGUGGCUGUGUACAGCUACAGCUGCCUCAGUGAGAAAGCAGUGCAGGAGUCGGAGCCCGCUGAAGCAGGGGAUGCUGGGAAGGACACCCAGAGUGGGGGCUCGGGCGAGUCGGGCAGCGCCGAGGCUCCUGGGAGCAGCAGUGAGACCGGGGAUGCUGGCGACUCCGGUGACCCCAGCGACCCGGGAGAGGGAGAGUCUGGGACGGCUGCAAAGACGUUGGUCAGCCAGGCUGGGGACAGCGGGGAGAAGCAGGCCAGCUGGAGAGUGGGGCUGAAGGUGGCCUGGGACAUCCACACACCCGGCCUCGCCCUGCCCCUACAGUCUGGAGACUGCUACUACAUGACAGAUGAUCUGAACCGGACGCACCAGCAUUGUGUUUUGGCUGGAGACUCAGCUCGAUUCAGCUCCACGCACAGAGUGGCUCAGUGCUCCACAGGCACGCUGGACUACAUCCAGAGGCGCUGCGCCGAGGCCCUGCACAACCUGAAGAUCGACCCCGACACGGGCGCCAAGAGCCUGUCCUCGCUCCUGCCCACCACCCUGGAGCACUGUGAGGAGAUCCACAACGAGGUGGAGUUCGAGUGGCUGAGGCAGUACUGGUUUCAGGGCCGACGCUACGCCCGCUUCUGCAGCUGGUGGAGUCAGCCCAUGGAGCAGCUGGAGAAGGACUGGAUACAGAUGGAGGUCAUGACUCAUCUGCUGCUGGGCGUGGUGGAGGAUGAGAGCACAGCACAAGAGGACAGGAGGGAGAUGGCCGACACCCUGCUCAACGCCCUCACUGACAGGCAGCAGCACAGACAGACAUGGAGAGACAGGUGCCAGUCCAGUCUUGCUCAGACUCUGCCCCCAGAGGAGGCCCCUCUGGACCGCCCCUACUGGGACCCCGAUGACCCCGAGAUGCCCCUGCCCUUUGACCUGGCCGAUAUCAUCAGCCGGGUGGAGUCGCUCCUAUGGAGGAUGUGACUGGUUACUGUUGAGGAGGGAGUGGCACUGCGGGGGAGAGACGGCACAAGAUGGCAGGACCCGCACAGAACCUAUCCUGCCCCCCCCCCCCCAAGUACACACACACCCUCUCGCCGUGCCCUCAACGCCGAACCAGCCAGGCUACCAGAGAGCCCCUCACAUGGGCACCCUACGACACACCCACCCCUACUCCUCCUUACCCUCAUGGUCCCCACCACCACACCCCCCCUCUCUCUCUUCUCUCUCUUUCAUUCUCUCUCUUUCUUUCUCUCUCUUUCUCGCUCCCUCUCUUUCCUCCUCCCUCUCCCGUGAGACUCCACACCACUCCAAAGGUUCUCUGGCUUAGCGCACACCUGGACGAACAGCCCAACACAAGAGAAGGGACACCACCCCUCCAUCCCCCCCCCCCAUCACUCUCUCCUCCAGAGAUAGAUAGUUAGAUAGAUAGAUAGAUAGACAGUUAGAUAGAUAGAUAGAUAGAUAGAUAGAUAGAUAGAUAGAUAGAUAGUUAGAUAGAUAGGUAGACAGAUAGAUAGGUAGAUUGAUCACGCAGCCUGUAGUGUCACAGUGGUCCAGCUAAUUACUAGACCCCUGCAAGAUAACUAACUAAACUAACUAACUACCCAUGGCGUGUCCUGUGUAUCCAUGUAAUGACAAUAAUCUCCCAUUAUAUUUUAGUUCUCUCAUUUGAAUGUUCCAUAAUACUGUGCUUUUACGUUCAGUGAGAAACGAGGUCUAUACAUGCACUUCAUAUAGAUGCUACACAUAGAUGCUUUAUGAGAUAUUUUUCUGUAACUCUCUCUCUCUCUAUUUCUAUUUCUCUAUUUCUUUCUCUGUGACUUUGUUGUUUGAGAGUCAAGAGCUGAUGUCUCCCACUCUCGCGAGGUGACUGAAAUGGUUUUAUGUGUAGGAUAAAGGGCAUGGCAUAUGAUGCCAUUUUACAAAUGUAUUAUGUGCACUUGUUUUUAGUCUUGCGUGUGUCUGUGUGUGUCUUUGGCGGUUUGUGUAUGUGAAUGCGUCUCUGUGUGUGUGUGUGUGUGUGUGUGUGUGUGUGUUCACGUGUGGGAGUUUGUGUUUGUGUGUCUGAAGAUAUAUAGUAAUUUUGAGUAUGAAGGUAUGAAAACUUGUUACAAAGAAUGAAUUUAUUUGUAUGAAUUGGUGAGACCAUGCUUGUUUAUAUGAGAUUUGGUAAAGUUCCCAUCGAGUUUAGUAUGUAUUUUCUUCAGUAUGUUGGUGCUACCUUGUGUGUGUGUGUGUGUGUGUGUGUGUGUGUGUGUGUGUGUGUGUGUGUGUGCGUGUGCGUGUGCGCGUGUGUGUGCGUGCGUGUGUGUGUGCGUAUAUGUGUGCGCAUGGGAUUAGGCCCUUUACGCCUGUAGCUAGUCUGGAAGAUAUUUGUGCUAGAAACGGAGAGGUAGGACCCAUGAUCAGUUUAAGGAGAGAAAGAUCACACACACAAAUACUCACCUACUCACCUAGUCAAUUGAAAAUGUUAAAAAGCUUAGCCUCCCUUUUUAAAAUGUUGGUUUGGUAUAAUGUCAAAUUUAUAUGUAUAUUCCACUAACUGAUAAUGUUUCUGGUAAUGCAAGAUGUUUGGUGUUUGGUACUUUAGUUUUGUACUGGAGUUACAAGGCUUACACUGCUAACAAAUAUUGGCAACUGAUCAACUCUUGAAGAGUACCGAAAUCAUCACACUCUUGCUUCAGACAACAAUAAUAUCCAUCAAUAGUGAGCUAGUUGCAGAAUGUAAAAAUGUCACAAGUCUGUAUGUGUUCAAGAUGGCUACUGUAAUCAUCCGUCAUUUGAGAUUUUUUCUGUCAUUUGAGAUUUUUUUUAUAAGUGUUGGAGACCACAUAACCAGGCCAACAUUUUUGAUCAUUUACCAAAUCACUGCUGAUCAAGGACAUGCUUGAUUCAGCAUGUAGUUUGUAGGACGCCAAGUUGAGAUUCGGACCCUCCAGUCCUCUUGAACCACAGUGGUGUCUCCGUAGCUCCAGUACAACGUUAGGGUUACGAAAUCUGACAAACAUCAAGCAUGGUCUGUCACAUUAGUUCCGUUGGAGGUCAGUGGACAUAAGAUUCCUCCCAUACUUUUCCUCUGAGCUCCGACCUGGCACACUCUCUCCCGCCCUUCUGCAGACUGCUGCAGUGGCCUUCUUCCUGCGAAUAGAAAUGAAUGCUAUAGGGUUGAUUUUCUUAGCCAAGCAGCCUUCCUCUGUCUCUCUUC